AGAUAAAAAAAAAAGAUUAGCAUCUCAAAAGUAAGACGAACACAUAAUUACGACUCUAAGCUUUCUAAGUUAUAAACAGUUUAUAAAAUGUACUCUAGAAGAGUGUUUAAGGCUCUUUAAAAACUUACAAAAAAGAAACCAAAAAAAAAAAACAAAUCAAAACAAAUCAAGGCAUCUACUUAUCUUUCUUCUCUUCCUCCUACUUAGUGAAGUCUCUUCACUCUUCACCAAACUCUAAAUCCUCUGAUUCUCGUAUAUAUACAAACACAUACCUAUAUAUAUACAAACACACAUAUAUAUAUAUAUAUAGCUAUGGGAGAAGGAGAAGCAAAAGCAGAGCAAGCAGCAGCCAAAGCAGAACACAAGAAUGCUCCCUCCGCUUCUUCCACGCCGGAAUCUUACUCAAAAGAAGGCGGAGGUGGCGGCGGAGACGCUCGCCGUGCAAUCUGCGGUGUGACGUACAAAAAUCAGAUCAUAACGCCGCCGCUUCCGCUUCCUCCGUUGCGUUUGGGACAUAAAUCUACGGUGGUGAUAGCUCCGGUGAUGGGCGGUAACGGUGUACCAGUUUCGCCAGAGGUGGCUAACGGUUUGAAGAGUGAUGAAGCUUACGGCGUCGUUUUGAUGAGGGUGGUGGUUUUAGGGAGGCUACGUUGGAAAGCUGGUGCGAUUAAGACUGGACGGUAUGGAUUUUAUGCCACGUGUGAUGUGUGGUUGAGAUUUACUCGAUCUUCUAACGGACAAGUUCCUCUUCUCGCUCCUUCAACUUGUAAAGUUGAUGUCUAAGUUUAGUUUUAUCUUAUAAACGUGUUUUAUUUCUAUUAAUCUUUGUGUUUUUUUUUUUUUUUUAAGUUUGAAAUGUUGUUAAGAGAAAUUAGAAUUGUGUAAUCUUUUUUUUUUUUUNUUUUUUUGCUUCUAAAAUGUUUGUGUUUGAGUCUCGUCGUCGUCUCGACUAAACUGUUGAGUCUGGUGUAAUAAUAAUAAAACCAAUAGGCAUAAGCCAGUAUUUAUAA